GAGAUAAUGAAAUUAUUUAGUGGUGUUCAAUAUUUUGGUUCCAUGAUACCUUAAUAUUUUUUUUAUUGUUGUUUACAGUGGAGACGAAACUUUUUUAGUCGAAACAUUGUCUACAUAAUCUUUGACAGAAUGUGAAGUUUUUGCCAUAUAUAAUCAAAGCUGAUACCAUAGGAGGGAAACAUGGCGGGACAAAUGUGGGAUUUGGCUGCGACCCCUAUUGGUCAAGCAAUACAAGCAGGAGAUGUGGACGAGCUAAACAGACUUGUGAAAGCUGGAGAAAAUAUUCUUUUUAAAGACAGAAAACAGAACACAUUUCUGCACUAUGUAUGUACCAUGUACAGGCCAAUUAUAUUCUACACUCUUGUGGCUCAUGGCAUAGAUAUCAGUGCCCAAAAUAGACAUGGAAAUACCGCAUUACAUGUAACAGCAUUACAGCAUGAAGCUUGUCAUGUGGCCGACCUAAUGACCUGCGGCAUUGAUCCAGCCAUCCAGAAUAAAGAUGGAAAAACAGCUGAGCAAUUGAGUACACAAAAUAGGUACUGGCACAUGAUCUUUGAGAAAUAUAAGAGGUUAUUCGGGGCAGGCUACAAUGAAGGUCCGGGCAUAUUCCAUGCUGUAAAAGAACAUGAUAUACCAAAAAUUCAUCAGCUUCUUAGAUGCUGGAUCAGAGUGGAUUGUAAAUAUAAAAAACAGACGCUUAGACAGUAUGCCGCGUGUUUGAAGUUUCACGAUAUAGUAGUGAUUAUUGAUGAACAGAAAGCGACGACUGAUAUGAUAUAUGGGGUGUUUGAAGGAAACCAUAACAAAGUGAAAGAGGCGUUGAAGAAAACAAGAUGUAGGGUAAACUUCCUGAAUGAGAUUUCUGUUAAGAAGCAUAUACUACAAUAUUGUAUCAAGUUCAAGGACUUGCAGUUUGUACAGAUGUUAUGUGAUGCAGGUGCCGAUGUAAAUACCAAGAUACGAGUCAAUAACUAUUUCAUGGGACCAUUAUUUUUUGAAGCAUUUCACAAGGACGUGCCUAUAGAAAUUACUUGGUAUAUACUGAAAUCAGGAGCUGACUUCACAUUGAAAGAUGAGAGAGGGAGGACAGCCUUUAUGUAUGCACUAGAUAAAUGUAAUGGAAACCUGCCCAUUGAGAUAUUCCAAUACAUGUUGAAACAAGGCGCUGACAUUACUGUGAGAGAUUGUACUGGCUGUAAUCCACGAGAUAUUGCAAGAUUUGCAAGGAGGAGAGAUGUUGUUGACCUUAUUGACAAGCACUAUAUCAAGAUAUUACGGAGCUCGGAUAUGGAAUGUCUAAUUGAGAUGGCAGUUUGUGGUUAUGACAGUUUGAUGAUCACACACAAUUACAGGGAUACAUUUAUAUAUGCGUCAGGCAAUGAAUCCGAUGAAGUUCUGAAGUUUACACAGUGGCUGCCAACCUUCCAGGAAGAGGUGAAGGAGAUACAGGAUGUGAUAAAAGAUGGUGCUUUGAGAGAGAUGAGAAGAGUCUUUGAGUAUUCUCACACACCGGAACUUAUUAUAAGAACCAGGGAUAAGGCCAUGAGAACACCCCUCAUGUUAGCAGUACUGUAUCAAAGAGACGAUGUAGUGCAGUUCUUCCUGAGCUCACCAUAUGAUGUUGAAAUAGAUGGCCAAGAUUGUUGUAACAGGACAGCCUACCAUUUUGCUUGUUGUUCAACAUCUGAAGUAGGUAGAAAGAUACAAGAAUACUUGAUUGAUGCAGGAGCUGACACAACUCUUCAAAAUGUGAGAGGAGAGACAGGUGAAGAGUUUGGAACCAAACGUGGCCCGGAAUUUUUAGAGAAAGAAAAGAAAGCUUGUUACGGCAUGGUCCAAGAACUGGCAUGCGCUGAUAAAUAUGAAGAAUUGAGGAAAAUAGUUCGUGCUAAGAAGAAGGGUUUGUUUGAGUUCCAGGAAUUUAUUCGAGGGUAUAGAUUUCCAGUUAUAGGAUUAUGUAAGGUGUUAUCUCCCUUGAUGCCAGCUUAUAGGGACCUGAUAUUUCUUGCCAUUGACUAUGGGAAACAAGACAUAGCAAGACUCUUAGCAAAUCUUGGAGCAAAUUUAUCAAGGUGUGAAAAAUAUGAGAGAACAAAUGAGGAUGGGUCGAUAGAAACAAGGGUUUACACCCCAGCGGAGAGAGCCGAACAUCUAGGAAUGUCAGAAUUAGGUCAAUGGUUAUCGGAGCGUGAGAAAAUACAACGAGAGAAAUUGAAACACCAUAUACCACUGUUACCUCGUAGAACUAUUCAGACUCAUUUUAAUUCACAGUUUAAGCAAAUAAAACCAAGUGUGUUUGUUACACAGUCUGUUAUGUAAUGUGAGAUAAUUUAAGAAUUAUGCUUACUUUAUGAUUUCCUUAAUGGAAAUGAGUUUUAAGCAUUUAGAAUGGAUAAUAUUUGUUUUUGAGUAAGUGCUACUGAAGGAUGGUGGUGAAAUAUGAAGAAUAUUUUUACCUACUCACAUUACAACAGUUAUUUUUAUUGAUACCAAGGGGACUGACUAUAGCAUGUUUCUGUUGUUUGGUGUUUUGUUGUUGUUGUUUUUUUGCAUGGGUGGGGAGAGAGAAAAUACUAUCUUUUUUACAGGGGAAAAUUUCACUUUCAUUAUGGUUUGGGGAAAUGGCCUGUAUUUGGUAGUAAAUUGGAUAGAAAAUCACUGUGAGCUUUUUCUACUCAAUUAAAGCUGGAAAGUUGCCAAAAGACAACAAUUGUGUCACCAAGCAAAAGGUAAUAAAUAUUUGAAAUUGGGAUACAUGAGUUUAGUAAAUUAGUAUUACAUGUAUAUUUAUGGGUCACUACCACAUGUUAAAGAUAUCUGUUAAAUAUAUUGUUAGAGUGAUGUAUGAAUGCCUGAGAAAUGCAUAACUUUUUGUUUCUUAAAAGUUUUGUUUUUGGUGUACCAAUAUUGUUUCCAAAAAGUUACUCAUUUGCCACUAUCUUGAACCAUCUUUUUCUUCUGUUGCCUUUUGCCAAUUAGUACAGCUAAAAUGGUUUAGUAUUUUGUAUGGAAGUGAAAAUACUACUUUGUUUACAUUUUGCUACCUGUUUGAAAAAUAAUAACGCAGUUCAGUACUUUCUUUUAGUAAUAAAAAAAGCAUUUAACAUGCUCUAAACCAUUCAUUCAUCCAUUCAUGUUUGCCCUUUUUCAAGAUUUCUAUCCAGUUCUGACGCAUAAUGCACAUGUGAUAGCACUUAAGUGAUAUUUUUUUUGAGUGAUUGUUUUUGAAUAAUAUUUAAUACUUGUAUUUGGUUUUAAAAUCAUUUUUAAUAAAAAAAAAAUU